UGAUGCACCGGGAUUUGCCGGUUCCGGUAGCAGAGAUUGGGUGGGAUGGGAGACCAACAACAGACCUUGUUUUCCCGUAUUCGGAUUUAUUGAGUAAAGAGGACUUCAAAUUUGGAAAUGGUAAAUCGGUAAAUGAAUUUCGGUGAGAGAGCAGAGUGUCAGAGAGACACUGUUAGAGUUCUAGGUUAAGAUCAAAACUCGAAUGGGGAGAAUUUUCCUCGUUGAAUUAGAUGGCAGAGCUUAUAGAUGCAGAUUCUGUGACAGCCCUCUUGCCCUUGCCGAUGAUAUCAUCUCUCGGUCUUUCAACUGCCGUCAAGGAAGUGCAUAUCUGUUCAGCACUGUGGUGAACAUAACGCUUGGUCCCGAGGAAGAGAGGCUAAUGAAUUCUGGUUUGCAUACUGUAGAAGAUAUUUUUUGCUGCUGCUGCGGACAGAUUCUUGGAUGGAAAUAUGUAAUUGCACAUGACAAAAACCAAAUAUACAGGGAAGGAAAGUUUGUGCUCGAAAGAUGGAGGAUAGAAGAGGAUGUUGCUGAGGAAUUCAAUUUAGAAGCUCAUCCCGGUUCAAGUGACGCAGAAAUUCCUUAGCAAGUUAUCACUAAUCAUACAGUUAAUAAGAUCUGGAUGCUAUACUAUACAUGUUAUCAUAUAUACAAUUUGAACAGCCAUUUGUAACUAUUAUGAGUAUGAGGAAGAUGCAUUUUUCUGUAAGCAAAUUGUUAUUUUUCUUCUUCUUUGAAUUCAGAUGUGAGCAGAUAAAUAUGUCGAGUGAUUAUUGCAGACCUGAAAA